CUCGUGCUUUACAGCGCUCUUUGGAAUAAUCUUAUUUAUUACGGAUUUUUAGGUGUAAAACAGUGGUGCAUCUAGAUGAUGUGAUAGAGGUUACACUUUCUUGGACUGCAAAAGACAUUUUUCUGUUGUUUAUUAAGAAGGAAAAAAGAAAGAAAACAAAAUGAGCUAAUAGAAGAAUCUGCAUGGCAAUUAUCUUUUUGUAUUAUCAUUUAAAGAAAACUUUCUGCCAGCAAAUCUAUGAUAAAAAUUAUAAGUAACAGAGAAAACUGUAACUGUUCUUUGUCAAGUGACAACCUUUUAAUGUCAGAAUGGCUCACAUAAAGCGACUAAUAAAAUUACACCUUAAAAGAUAUUACCACAAGAAGUUUUGGAAACUUGGCGCAGUAAUUUUUUUCUUUGUAAUAUUUUUGAUUUUAAUGCAAAGAGAAGUAAGUGUUCAAUAUUCCAAAGAGGAAUCAAGGAUGGAAAAAAACAUGAAAAGCAAAAACAAGAUGCUUGAUUUAAUGCUGGAAGCUGUAAACAAUAUUAAAGAUGCGAUGCCAAAAAUGCAAAUAGGAGCACCUGACAGACAAAAUAUUGACACUGCUGAGAGACCCUGUUUGCAAGGAUAUUAUACAGCAGCAGAGUUGAAACCUCUUUUUGAUCGCCCACCUCAGGAUUCGAAUGCCCCUGGUGCUUCUGGUAAAGCAUUCAAGAACACCAAUUUAAGUAUUGAAGAGCAGAAGGAAAAAGAACGUGGAGAAGCAAAACACUGUUUUAAUGCUUUUGCAAGUGACAGAAUUUCUUUACACCGAGAUCUUGGUCCAGACACUCGACCUCCUGAAUGUAUUGAACAAAAAUUUAAGCGCUGUCCUCCCCUGCCUACCACCAGUGUCAUAAUAGUUUUUCAUAAUGAGGCGUGGUCAACGCUUCUUAGGACAGUCCACAGUGUGCUCUAUUCUUCACCUGCUAUUCUGCUGAAGGAAAUAAUUUUGGUGGAUGAUGCUAGUGUAGAUGAGUACUUACAUGAUAAACUAGAGGAAUAUAUAAAACAAUUUUCCAUAGUAAAAAUAGUCAGACAAAAAGAGAGAAAAGGUCUGAUCACAGCACGGUUGCUAGGAGCUACAGUAGCAACAGCUGAAACACUCACAUUUUUAGAUGCUCACUGUGAGUGUUUCUAUGGUUGGUUAGAACCUUUGUUGGCCAGAAUAGCUGAGAACUAUACUGCUGUCGUGAGUCCAGAUAUUGCAUCCAUAGAUUUGAACACGUUUGAAUUCAGCAAGCCUUCUCCUUAUGGAAAUAACCAUAACCGUGGAAAUUUUGACUGGAGUCUUUCAUUUGGCUGGGAAUCACUUCCUGAUCAUGAGAAACAAAGAAGAAAAGAUGAAACCUACCCAAUUAAAACACCCACUUUUGCAGGAGGCCUUUUUUCCAUAUCAAAGGAAUAUUUUGAAUACAUUGGAACUUAUGAUGAAGAAAUGGAAAUUUGGGGAGGAGAGAACAUAGAGAUGUCUUUCAGAGUAUGGCAAUGUGGUGGGCAGUUGGAGAUUUUGCCUUGCUCUGUUGUUGGACAUGUUUUUCGCAGCAAAAGCCCUCAUACCUUUCCAAAAGGCACUCAGGUGAUUGCUCGCAACCAAGUUCGACUUGCUGAAGUCUGGAUGGAUGAAUACAAGGAAAUAUUUUAUAGGAGAAACACAGAUGCAUCAAAAAUUGUUAAACAAAAGUCCUUUGGUGAUCUUUCAAAAAGAUUUGAAAUAAAGCAUCGCCUUCAAUGUAAAAAUUUUACGUGGUAUCUGAAAAAUAUUUAUCCAGAAGUGUACGUGCCAGAUCUUAAUCCUGUAAUAUCUGGAUAUAUUAAAAGUGUUGAUCAGCCUCUAUGUUUAGAUGUUGGCGAAAAUAAUCAAGGAGGCAAACCCUUAAUUUUAUAUACGUGUCAUGGACUUGGAGGAAACCAGUACUUUGAAUACUCUGCUCAAUAUGAAAUUCGGCAUAACAUCCAGAAGGAAUUAUGUCUUCAUGCUGCUCAAGGUUUUGUUCAGUUGAAGGCAUGUACCUACAAAGGUCACAAGACAGUUGCCACUGGAGAACAGAUAUGGGCUAUACAGAAGGAUCAACUUCUAUAUAAUGCAUUCUUUAAAAUGUGCCUUUCAGCAACCGGAGAGCAUCCAAGCUUAGUGUCAUGCAAUCCAACAGAUCCACUUCAAAAAUGGAUUUUUAACCAAAAUAAUUAAGUGUUCCUUAAAAUUAAGGAGAUGAAAAGGAGAUUUUUUUUCUCAUAAAACUGUGACUAGGCAUACACUGUAGUUCUUGAAAAAUUAUGCAAAAGCAGCUAAUUGUAACUUAUUUCAAGUGCAUUUUUAUUAUUUAUACCUUUAAAUGUCUAGAUAGCACUGCUACAAAAAAAUUCCUUAAGCCUCCAUUUCAAAGCACAAUAACUAGUAAUACCAAAGACUAUUUUGAAAUGUACAGAUGUAGGGAUUGUUUACAAUAUGAUGAAAAUAAUUUUUUAAGUAAAGUGUAUUUGUGUGUUUUAUACACUAAAACAUAUAUAGCUACAUCUACACGUUCAAAAUUUAAAAUAUUUCUUCUAGUUUUGAGGGGAGGGAGAUUUGAUACUGUAUUUUUUUAAGUACAUAGAUAUGAAUCAGUGAAGGUCAAACAUUGACCUUUGUAUCCAAACCAGGAUAUUUUUAUAGGUCUAGAAUAAAAAUACAGGUAAACAAUUUAUUUGCCCUUUGCUACUUGUCAGAUGUUUUCUUAAACAUAAAGUUAAGUGAAAAGAUGAAUAUUUUUAACUUCAAUUUCUUAGCAAAAGUUAAAACACAGUUUUGUCUUAAGACCGCUUGACUUGAAGCACUUAAGUCUUCCUCAGAUGACUUUUCUUCAAUGACACGUUGUCUAUGUUCCCAAAGCAAUUAAAAAGAAAUAUAAAUGGCUGUUUGUUAAAAAGUAUCUUUCUCCUUUCUGUUGAUCUUUUGAUCUCACCAAAAUUCACUAAUUGUGAAUGUUUGUGAAUUGAAUUUCAGUACCGAGUAUUUGAGUCACUUAAACUUUCAUUUGUUACUGAAUUAAUUAUACAUUGUUUUUGUAAUUGGUUUGAAAAAAACUACUUAUAUCUGUAUCACUGUCAUCCCGUUGCUCAUCAAUUUGCGUGAGCGGGCACCAGUAACAUCUCUAUUGUGAGACUUGUUACUGUUUUUGACAUAUCGAAUAUGCCACGGGUAGUUGCCAGGCUCUGCCUUGCAGGAGAGAUACUCUUGGUAGCUUGCCAGGCUCUCCAAGAGGGGUGGAAGAAUCUAAUUUGGGUUGGCCUCGUGCAAGGCAAAUGCUUUACUCUCUAUGCUAUUGCUCCAGCCCAUUAUAUCUAUGGAAAAUAUAAAUUAAGGUUAUUUAUUUGUGGGAUAAAAUGCAGAAUUGACAAUAGAUGGGGACAUAUAAAUUUUGUAUAUUGAAUUUAUAAACAGUUGUAAAACUAUUUUUCUCAAGAGUAUUCAAGAGGGCUGAAGCGAUAGUGCAGUGGGGAGGGCAUUUGCCUUGCAUGCAGCUGACCCGGGUUCAAUCUCCAACAUCCCAUGUGGUUUCCCAAGUACUGCCAGUUGUAAUUCUGAGUACAGAGCCAGGAGUAACCCCGGAGCAUCAUUGGGUCUGACCCAAAGCAUUUUGUGGCAAUAUCAUAAAACAAGAAAUUGAGAAGUUUCUGUAGUAAAUAUUUAGAAAAUAUUAAACUGACUUCUGAUAAAUUUACUUGAGCAUAUGUUAGAAUAAUUUUAUUGUUUUUUGUUUUAACACAUUUUUCCUGGAGGCUAUAUACCUAUGCUGCUAUGGUGGGCGUAGUGAUGGGACAUGUAGCAUCUGGGAAUUGAAUCCAGAUCCAGUUGUGAAUCCAAAGCAUGUGUUUUACCUCUUGUGCCACACAGUGACUGUGAUAGAGGCAUUUUUAAAACUGUGAUGGUUACUUAGGAGAUAAAUACUUUUUUCUUUUUGGUCGUUUUAUAGUGAGACUCUAUUUUUAUUUAAGAGUAGGUGUGUGUUACUUCAUAUUUUAAACCUGGCAGGUUCAUAUUUUCAGUCUUUGCCAAGAACAAUGUUUUUAUAUUAUUGGCAUCAUCUUCUCAUAGUUUAUAAGUUUGCAUGUACUUGCAUUAAAAAACCUGGCUCUAAAAAUAAAAACUACUAUGCUAACUCUUACUCCAAUUUACCAAUUCAGUUGUGUGUUUGACUUUGUGCCAUAAGUUAGGACCAUAAGAUUUACUCUGCUGAACUGUUCUUGUAGAACAGAAAGAGUCAAAUAAUUUUGAGAUCUCAUAGUGAGCGACAUUAUGAUAUAUUUUAUAAUGCAGAUGAAAACUUUAUGGUUCAUAUUUUUAUGUAAAUGUAUUUUUAUGACUAUAGCUAAUUAUUGUGAGAUAAAUAUACACUAGUGCGUGCUAAUGUAUUAUUUCUGUUUCUCAAUUUAUUAUGUUAUUCUAGAGCAGAGGUUCCCAAACUUAUUGGACCUGCUGCUUUCUUUUCAGUGAGAAACAUUACUCAGAUACUCCCUUCCCCUCUCCAAAUCUACUUUCUACCUGCAAAUAUCUUUUCAGUAUAUAUAUUGCAAACUACUAUGCCCAAAAGGAGAGAGGUGUGUGUCUGUGUGUGUGUGUGUGUGUGUGAGAGAGAGAGAGA